AUGGCUUCAUCUAAGAACGUUGUCUUCGAUAUUGUGGGCACUCUCGUAUGCUACGACCACGUUUACGAUGCAAUCGAUCGCCGACUAGGAGACCGCCUGCGUGCCGAAGGCAUCAAGCCAUGGCUACUGGGUCAACUCUGGAUGGAAACUUCCGAGCGCGAAUACACCAAUCUCAGUAUGGCUGGACGAUACGCUCCGUUCGGCGAGGUAUUCAAAUCGCUAUUCUACCGUAUCCUCUGGAUGGGAGGAAUCCAGAAACCUCGUGAAUUUGCCUCAUCGGAGGAUCUGGCGUGGAUCAUGGGAGAAUACCAGAAACUCACUAUGCGUCCUGGAGCGGCGGAGUGUGUACAAAAGCUUCGUGAUGCCGGAUUUACAGUUUGGGCUUUUACUGCCGCUGAUCUGAAGCGAGUGAGUGGGUAUUUUGCGAAUGCAGGCGUGGAUUUGCCGGCAGAGAACUUGCUUUCCUGCGAUGACGCUGGAGUGGGCAAGCCUGAUCUCGCGGCUUAUAAGCCUUUGUUGGAGCGGUUGGAGGCAGAGAAUGACGGGAAGACUCCCUGGUUUGCUGCGGCUCACAUGUGGGAUGUUUCUGCUGCUCGGACAGCCGGGUUCAAGGGGGCUUACUGCACCGUGCUGGAAAGCGAGCCAUUGCACAAUCUGUUUGGUGAUAUGGACGUGGUUGAUGAGACCCUGCCGGGCAUGGCUGAGAAGAUUAUUGCUGCGCAAGCUGCCUCCUCAUGA